CCCUAGCAGUUUUACUCCCUCGAUUCACGAAAUUAAAAUUCCUCUCCCAACUUCCCAACCCCGACCCCAAAAAGUCUGAUACCAGAGAUUUCGGUCUCGUCUUUCGUCUCUCUCUGCUUUGCUAAUCAAUUGCAGGCGGUUUUUCCCAUACUCUCCACACCCGCUUUCACUUGGGGCUCUGGAGAAGAGUUGCAAGACGACAUCAAGCUUUGGAAUCCGACUCCCGCGCUCUGGCUUCACUUCACUUUGGUCCUUUGGCAACGCGACCUAAGAUCUGAUUCCAAUGGAUAAUCUGCACAAAUAAGGAUAGCUUGUCGACUUGAGUUUGGAUAUACGAGGUUGUUAAGGUUUUAGGGAUGGCCGGUAGGGAAGUUCGAGAAUACACCAACCUCACUGACCCAAAAGAUAGGAAAUUGGGGAAAGGAAAGGAUAAAAUUGAUGAUGAAGACAUCACUUUUCAUCGGAUGGUGGCAAAGAUGCAGGAGGUUGCUGGAGAACGGGGAGGUUAUCUUCAUGGGCGAGGGGCUUUGGACAGUGAUGACUUGCUCUAUCUCAAGGAACAGAUGGAAGCUGAGGAGGAUGCUGAGCGUCUUCUUCGCCGCACUGAGAAGCGGGCAUUCGCAGCAUUUAAAAAAGCUGCAAGUUUAGCGGAUUCUUCUCCUGCAUCUGUGCCUUUACCACUACGUUUGGAGCCCAAGACGAAGAGUGGGAUCAGGCAACAAGACCUCCUGAAAAACAUUGUGGAGAUCAAACCGAAGCGACAGAGAGUAUCAAGUGAGUCAAGCCUGAACAGUGGAACUCAAUCUGCCCCUGUUUCUACGGCCUCCACUUCAGUGAGUGGGAAAAAAGAAUCAAUUCCAGAUAAAGAGCUUCCUCUAUCAAGGCUAGGCAAAGGAGAAGUGGAUAGCAAACCAGAGAACCCUAUUAAAAGCUUACUGGGCUUAGCUUAUGGAACUUCGGAUGAUGAGGAAGAUUGAGUGGAGAAUGUAUGGGUAUAUAUUGUUGCAACAUCUUUUUUUUUUUUUUUUUGGGGGGGGGGGGGGGUGGGGGUGUUAGUGGGGUUUAUACGUUGGUGCACUUUUUUUGGGAUGGGUGGGGUAGGUACAUGUAUUGGUGCAACAUUUGUCUCUUAACAACUGUUUCUUGUAGAGUACAAGCUUGUCUAAGUAAUUUUCUGGGCACAUAGCACAUUUUUUCAGGCAAAAGUGAAGGUACUAAGAAAAUGUUCACAUUGAA